GAGGAGCAUGAAUGGAGCAAGAUGGCGGACCCUGUGCAGAGUCUAGCUCAGCUAGAGAUCCUGUGCAAGCAGCUGUAUGAGACCACAGACACCAGCACCCGGCUGCAGGCAGAGAAGGCGCUCGUGGAGUUCACCAACAGCCCGGAGUGUCUGAGCAAGUGCCAGCUGCUGCUGGAGAGAGGCAGUUCUUCGUACUCCCAGUUACUGGCCGCCACCUGCCUGACCAAACUGGUGUCAAGGAGCAGCAACCCUCUCCCCCUGGAGCAAAGGAUCGAUAUUCGAAACUAUGUGCUGACGUACUUGGCUACGAGGCCGAAGCUCGCCUCCUUUGUAACGCAGGCUCUGAUCCAGCUGUACGCCCGGAUCACCAAACUCGGCUGGUUCGACUGCCAGAAAGAGGAAUACGUGUUCAGGAGCGUGAUCGUCGACGUGACGCGCUUCCUGCAGGACAGCGUGGAUUACUGCGUCAUUGGUGUUAGCAUUUUGUCGCAACUGACCAACGAAAUCAACCAGGCAGAUGCCACGCAUCCUCUGACGAAGCACCGCAAAAUUGCCUCCUCGUUCAGAGACUCCUCGCUUUUUGAUAUCUUCACGCUGUCCUGCAACCUACUGAAACAGGCCUCAGGGAAGUCUCUACUGCUCUCAGAUGGGUCUCAGCAUGACCUCCUCAUGCAGCUUCUCAAACUCACUCACAACUGUCUGAACUUUGACUUCAUCGGCACUUCUACAGACGAGUCCUCGGAUGACCUCUGCACAGUUCAGAUCCCUACAAGCUGGCGCUCAGCCUUUCUGGACUCCUCCACACUACAGCUCUUCUUCGACCUGUAUCAUUCCAUCCCCCCAAGCUUCUCCCCACUGGUCCUAUCUUGUCUAGUGCAGAUUGCCUCUGUACGUCGCUCCCUGUUUAAUAACGCAGAAAGAGCCAAGUUUCUUUCCCACCUGGUGGAUGGAGUCAAAAGGAUAUUAGAAAACCCCCAGAGCCUGUCUGACCCCAACAAUUACCAUGAAUUCUGCCGGCUUCUAGCGCGCCUGAAGAGCAAUUACCAGCUUGGAGAACUGGUGAAAGUGGAGAAUUACCCCGAGGUCAUCCGACUAAUCGCCAACUUCACAGUCACCAGUCUGCAGCACUGGGAAUUUGCCCCUAACUCUGUGCAUUACCUCCUGAGCCUGUGGCAGCGUCUUGCAGCGUCUGUUCCCUACGUGAAGGCGACUGAGCCGCACUUACUGGAGACGUACACACCGGAAGUGACGAAAGCGUACGUCACGUCUCGCCUCGAGUCGGUGCACAUCAUCCUCAGGGAUGGGUUGGAAGACCCGCUUGAGGACACGGGGCUGGUACAGCAGCAGCUAGACCAGCUCUCGACCAUCGGGCGAUGCGAGUACGAUAAGACCUGCGCUCUUUUGGUGCAACUCUUCGACCAGUCGGCCCAAACCUACCAGGAGCUGCUGCAGAGCGGCUCAGCCCCCAGUAUGGAGCUCGCUGUGCAAGAAGGCCGCCUCACCUGGUUAGUGUACAUUAUUGGUGCGGUGAUCGGAGGAAGAGUCUCCUUCGCUAGCACAGACGAACAGGACGCCAUGGAUGGGGAACUGGUUUGUCGAGUUUUACAGCUUAUGAACCUCACCGAUUCCCGACUGGCCCAGGCUGGCAACGAGAAGCUGGAACUCUCCAUGCUGAGCUUCUUUGAACAAUUCAGGAAAAUUUACAUUGGAGACCAGGUGCAAAAGUCCUCUAAGCUCUACAGGCGUCUUUCGGAUGUUCUGGGCCUGAAUGAUGAGACUAUGGUGUUGAGCAUCUUCAUCGGUAAAAUAAUCACGAAUCUAAAGUACUGGGGCCGCUGUGAGCCCAUAACGUCCAAGACCCUGCAGCUGCUGAACGAUUUGUCCAUAGGGUACAGCAGUGUCCGGAAGCUGGUGAAGCUGAGUGCUGUUCAGUUCAUGUUAAACAAUCAUACGAGCGAGCACUUCUCCUUCCUGGGCAUUAACAGCCAGUCGAACCUGUCGGACAUGCGCUGCCGUACUACUUUCUACACUGCGCUAGGUCGGCUUCUCAUGGUGGAUCUAGGGGAGGAUGAAGAGCAGUUUGCUCAGUUCAUGCUGCCGCUCACAGCUGCCUUUGAAUCCAUGGCCCAAAUGUUCAGCACCAACAGCUUCAACGAGCAGGAGGCCAAGAGGAGCCUGGUCGGGUUGGUGAGAGACCUCAGAGGGAUCGCCUUUGCGUUCAACGCUAAAAGCAGCUUCAUGAUGCUCUUCGACUGGAUAUACCCAGCCUACAUGCCUAUCCUGCAGAGGGCGUUGGAGCUCUGGUUCCAUGAUCCAGCCUGUACUACCCCUAUUCUCAAACUGAUGGCAGAACUGGUGCAUAACAGGUCACAGAGGUUACAAUUUGAUGUCUCGUCUCCUAAUGGAAUUCUCCUUUUCCGAGAAACUAGUAAAAUGAUCACGACGUAUGGUAACAGAAUUUUGACUUUGGGGGAGCUCCCGAAAGAACAGCUUUAUGUGCUGAAGCUGAAGGGAAUCUCCAUCUGUUUCUCUGUGCUAAAGGCGGCUCUGAGCGGGAGCUACGUGAACUUUGGGGUCUUCCGUUUGUAUGGGGACGAGGCCCUGGAUAAUGCCCUCCAGACGUUCGUAAAGCUGCUGCUGUCUGUGCCACACAGUGACCUGCUGGAUUACCCCAAGCUAAGUCAGUCCUAUUACUCGCUUCUGGAGGUGUUGACUCAGGAUCACAUGUCUUUCAUCGCCAGCCUCGAGCCGCAUGUCAUCAUGUACAUUCUGUCCUCCAUCUCUGAGGGGCUCACAGCUCUGGAUACCAUGGUGUGCACAGGCUGCUGCUCCUGCCUGGACCACAUCGUCACGUACCUCUUCAAGCAAUUAUCCCGUACCGGUAAGAAACGAGGAGCUCCGCCGCCGCAAGAGAGCGAGCGCUUCCUACACAUCAUGCAGCAACACCCCGAAAUGAUCCAGCAGAUGCUUUCCACGGUUCUGAACAUCAUUAUAUUUGAAGACUGUCGAAAUCAGUGGUCGAUGAGCAGACCUUUGCUGGGUCUGAUCCUCCUUAAUGAGAAGUAUUUCUCAGAUUUACGGGGUAGCAUUGUGAGCAGCCAGCCGCCCGAAAAGCAGCAAGCCAUGCACCUGUGCUUCGAAAACUUGAUGGAGGGGAUCGAAAGGAACCUGCUCACCAAGAACAGGGACAGGUUUACGCAGAAUCUCUCCGCCUUCAGACGAGAAGUAAACGAGUCGAUGAAAAACUCCUCCUGUGCCCCCAACAGUAAUGAGAUGAUGAGCUGACCUCUCCGACCACCAGAACCACCUUAUGUCCCCACCGUCUCCCUUCCCCUGUACAAAACCCUGCACAUUUUUUUGGUAACAUUUUGAAUUCUUUCUACGGAAGGGGGAAUGAUUUGGCGUGUGGAUCUCCUCCUCCUCCUCCCCACAGAAUGGAGGUGGGUAGUGUGCUUACAAGCUAAUGCAAGAGAGACACCUGUUCACCUGGACUGAGCCCCUACCAAAUUACAAAUAUAUAUAGAUAUAUAUAUGUAUGUAUGUGUCAUUCUGAGUGACCAGUAUGCCCACCCCCGCUCCCCUGCCCCAUUGGCGUGGAUGUACGGAGGAUUGGCGGAGUAUUGUGCUGUGGUUUCGAUGCUCUGCGGAGAAUGCACUGAAAGAGUGAAGCAGGUUCUGCAAGGACGUUUUGUAAUAAAUAAUCCUCUUUACUGAG